GCAGCCCUACGAGUGAGAGAGGGAGAGAGAGAGAGAGAGAGUUGGAGCAGCCCUACGAGGAAGAGAGAGAGGGAGAGUGAUAAUGUGUUGAAGAAGGAGGGGGUAUAGAGAAGAGGUGCACUCAAUCACUACUGAGCCACUUCAGCUCACAUCUCAAACCCAGCAGCUCCCUCUCUUCUCUCCUCCUCUUCUCCUCUGUUCUGCUCCUCUCUUCCAGGUGAAUGAACUAAUACAGCCUGAGAGAGAGAGAGAGAGAGAGAGAGAGAGAGAGAGAGAGAGAGAGAGAGAUGGGGGAGGGAGGAAACACAAGGCAACAAUACAGGAGGUUAGUAAUCAGCUUGGCGAGUUAGCAGCUUGUUUCCUGGAGUGAGUCGUCCCAGCUGAACACCGUGGAGAGAACAGGAACCAAUCAUCUCUUCUUGUGUGUGUAUCUGUCCAGACAGAGAAAAGUGGGAUAGCAGGAGCUAGUUUUUGGGAAGAAAGCUGGACCACAGAUCCUCUGCCAACUGAAAGAGGAGCAGCACCAGAAGCAGACAAGAAGAACACAAACAUACCGUGGAGUAAUUGAAGAGAGUUUGACAACUUCAAGAAGAGAAACAUACCGUGGAGUAAUUGAAGAGAGCUUGCACCUGAUGGAAUGAGAAGAGACUGAAGACACACAAAGAAACUGAAAGAGAAAGUCAAGGAGACAGAGAGAAAGAGAGAGAGAGAGAGAGAGAAAGAGAGAGAGAGAGAGAGAGAGAGAGACAGAGAGAGAGAGAGAGAGAGAGAGAGAGAGAGAGAGAGAGAGAGAGAGAGAGAGAGAGAGAGAGAGAGAGAGAAAGAGAGAGACAGAGACAGAGAGAGACAGAGAAAGAGAGACAGAGAAAGAGAGACAGAGAAAGAGAGAGAGACAGAAAGAGAGAGACUCUUUCGGUGUUCUUCUCUGCUCUGCCAAGUGUGACAACCCUCCAUCUCCCCUCUCCACCUCCCCUCACCCUUCUCCCUCUCCUCCCCCUGUCCUCAUCUCACCUGAGAUGGGCCGGCUGCUGGCCCUGGUCUACCUGGUGUACCUGUCGACUGCAGUGAUUGGCUCAGAGAAGCAGCAGCACCGGGUGCAGCAUGGACCCUGCAGUUACACCUUCAUUCUCCCCGAGGUGGAACACUGCCAGCCCCUCAAAGACUUCCAGGUCACCAACUCCCUCCAGAGGGACUCCCCACCACAGCCAGCCGCAGACCCAGGAUCGAGUCACCCUGAGCAGGCCAAAGCCCAGCCCGCUAGGUCCUCAUGGCAAGAGAGGAAGCUGGAGAGUCUGGAGAGCUCCACAGAGAAUAAUACACAAUGGUUGCAGAAGCUGGAGAGUUCCAUCCAGGAAAACCUGCGUUCUGCGAUGGAGGAGAUGAAGAGGAACGCUGUUCACACCCAGACGGCGGCCAUGUUGGAGAUCGGGACCAACCUCCUCAGCAAAUCAGCUGAGCAGACCCUCAAACUGACAGAUGUGGAGACCAAGGUGCUGAACCAGACCAGUAGAAUGGAGAUUCAGCUGUUAGAGUAUUCUCUGUUCACUAACCGUCUAGAGAAACACGUCCUCCAGCAGAAUCAGGAGAUCUCACGACUCAACGAUAAAAGCAGUUCGCUAGAGCAAAGGUUCUCAGCUUUAGAGGCCAGGCACGUUAAGGAGCUCCAGGAUCUUCAGAGGGAGAAACAGCAGUUGCAGGACAUGCUGGAGAGACAGAGGCACCUGGUCAGCCAGCUAAAUGGAGAGCUGGGGACCUCCACACACAACAGCACACUACUGCAGAAACAGCAGGCUAUACUGACUGACACCGUGCAGCAGCUGCUAGCCAUGGUCACCCACUGCAACGAUAUACCCACUACACCCAAAGAGGAGCCAGUGAUCUACAGAAACUGUGCUGAAAUCUUCAGAUCUGGGCUCACAGAGAAUGGUGUCCACAGCAUACGACCCCCUAACUCUACCCGCACAGUUAAGGUGUUCUGUGAUAUGAAGACGAGAGGUGGAGGCUGGACCGUGCUGCAGCAUCGUAGAGACGGAGCCGUGGAUUUCCACCGUGGAUGGAGGGAUUACAAGAUGGGUUUUGGGGAUCCCUCGGGAGAGUACUGGGCAGGAAAUGACCUCAUCCACCUGCUGACCAGCUCCCAAGAGUACAGUCUCCAGGUGCAGCUGAAGGAUGCUGAGGGGAACGAGGCCUACUCCCACUAUAAUCACUUCUACAUAGACGCAGAGAACAAAAACUACAGUCUCCAUGCCCAGGGGUUCAGUGGUACCGCCGGCCGCACCAGUAGUCUGACCCAGCCUGGGACCCAGUUCAGCACCAAGGACCGAGACAACGACCGCUGCUCCUGCAAGUGUGCCCAGAUGGCUUCUGGAGGUUGGUGGUUUGAGGCGUGUGGUCCCUCCAACCUGAACGGUAUCUACUACUCUGGCGUCUCCAACGUGGUCCGUUACAACGGCAUCAAGUGGUACUACUGGAAGGGACCCAGCCUCAUGACUACAGUGACCACCAUGAUGGUUCGACCCGCAGGCUUCUGAGGCAUAACGGCGGCGAUCGCCGAUGACGUCACCCCGACUGACUGAAUCACAGACUGAUAUGAAUAAUGAUGUUUGCCAGACAUGUGGAAUAUGAUACUCAAGUUUUUUACGAGGUUUUUAAUUGACUGUGUUUGAAAAGAACAGAUCUGUUAUUUUCUGAAAAUGUAUUCUGUCUUAGAAACGUUUCCCGCUGAAAUGGUAAACCGUAAAUGUGUGUUUUAGAAUGGGAUUGUAGAUAUAUUGUAGAUGCAUAAUGGUAUAUUAUUACUACUACUCCACUUUCACUGUCCAGGAAACUUUAACAGCAAUUCUUCCUGACUGUUUUCCCGCUAUGCCACUCAGAGAUGCUUGUAAAACCCUUUUUUUAAGGAGAUAAUUAUUCUCAUAAAAGUGCAUGAUAAAUAAACACAGGUGUUUCUACAAGCAUA